AUAUUUCAUACAUAUUAAAAAAAUAAGAAUAUCAACAUACAAUUUGAUAACCUAUAUUAAUAUACCAAAUUUGUUUGUAUUAUUUGUUGUGUGAUAUUUUAUAUUUAUAAAAUAUCCUAUUUUAAUAUUUCCUAUUUUAUACUUAAUAUAAUCACAUAAAAUAAAUAUUCAAGAAUCAAAAUGAUAAAAAAUAGUGCAUUAAAAUUAAAUUGUGUGGGUGGUAAUUCAAUUAAUACUCUAAGGUAUUUAUCAACACAAACUUCAAGUGGAGGUCCUAUUGUAGAACCUGCUCUUCCUCAGCCACUACCUCAACCCCAACCUCAACCUCAACCUCAACCUCAACCUCAACCUCAACCAGAUUCUAUACCACCUCUUGAAAUUCCAGUACCUCAUAAAAGUGCAAUUGCAGGCAAAGAAGCACAACAAACAAAUAUAGAAAAUGAUGUCUUAUUUAAAGAAGUUGGAAAUAAAGGUAUUAUCAUAUUGAAUCGUCCAAAAGCACUUAAUGCUUUAAAUUUAUCAAUGGUUGAAAAAAUAUAUCCAGUACUUAAGAAAUGGGAAUCAUCUAAAAAAUUAGUAAUAAUUGAAGGUGCAGGAGAUAAAGCAUUUUGUGCAGGUGGUGAUAUAAAAUCUAUUGCUAAUGAAAUAAGAGAUAAUGAUAAUAAAGUCUUAGGUGAAACAUUUUUGAAAAAGGAAUAUACCUUAAAUCAUCUCAUUGGUACAUAUAAAAUACCAUACAUAGCAACAAUAAAUGGGAUAACUAUGGGAGGUGGUGCUGGAAUAUCUGUUCAUGGUAAAUAUCGAAUUGCUACAGAAAAAACAUUAUUUGCAAUGCCAGAAACAGCAAUUGGAUUAAUUCCUGAUGUUGGUGGAAGUUAUUUUUUACCUAGGCUAAAAGGUAAAUUAGGACUUUACCUUGGAUUGACUGGAGAUCGAUUACAAGGUAUUGAUGUACUACUUGCUGGUAUUGCAACACAUUUUAUUCCUUCUGAAAAACUGCCAAAUUUAAAAGAAGAUUUACUGAUGACUGAUAAAUCUGAUAUUAAAGAAAUCUUAAAUAAAUAUCAAUCUAAAACAUUGAAUCAAGAAUUUUGUUUAGCACCAUAUAUGAGUAAAAUAGAUAAAUGUUUUUCUGCAUCAUGUAUAGAAGAAAUUAUAGAGAGAUUAAAAGAAGAUAAUUCAGAAUGGGCCAAAAAGACAUUACAAAUGUUAUUAAAAGCAUCUCCCACUGCUUUAAAGUUUACAAUGUGUGCUAUUCAAAAAGGAAGUACAUUGAAUUUGGCAGAUUGUUUAAAGAUGGAGUUUAAAUUAAUGUGUAGUUUUUUUAAUAAAACUAGUGAUUUUUGCGAAGGUGUUAGAGCCGUUUUAAUUGAUAAAGAUAGAAAACCAAAGUGGAAUCCCAAAAACUUAAUAGAAGUUACGGACAAUUACGUGAAUCAACAAUUUAAUCUUUUAACAAAUGAAUUGCACAGCAUUAAAUUAGAUUAAAAUGUCAGGGAAAUAGCAUAAAAAGUACAAAUUGUAUGAAAUAGAAAACAACAUGCUUUAUUUGAAAAAUAAUGAACAAAAUAUUAAUAAGUAUUUACAAUUACUAUGUUAAUACAUUAAAAAAAAUAUUAUUUUUAAGUUUUUAUUUUUUGUUAUUCUAUUUUUAAAUCAAGUUUACACAAACAACUAUAUAAUAUAAUACGGACGAUUUAUGAUAUUUUACAAGACAUUUAUUAAUAUUUUAAAAACUUACUACCAAAAUGUAACAACUACAAAUAUAUUGAUAGUUUUAUAAUAAAAUGUAUUUGUUUUUAUCUUUUUACAAGUUGUACUUGUAUUUAAAGGACAAAAAUUAAAAAAAAAGAAAAUAAUAAUAUAUUAAGCAAAUAAUAUGUAUAAAAUUCAUUGAUAUUUUUAAUUUUAAUUAAAAAAAUAUCAAAUAAAAUGCAUUUAUUAUUUUUUUAAUAAAAGAUAUCAAAAUACAUUUACCAAAAUUUGUUUUAAUUUUCCCAAAUAUGCAUAAAAUAUUUUUAACGUAAUUAGAAUAUUUACGUUAUAAAAAGUAAUUUUAAAAACACUUAAAAUUCUUAAAUAGUUUAUUACUUUAUUUAUCAAAACGUUUAUUAUUUUUAUUAUAUCAAGUACUUCCAUAAUAUGAUUUGCAAAUGACAAAAAUUCACAGAACUCUUUCUUAUAUGGAAUUAAAACAAUUUAUAUAGAUUGUAGGCUCCAUGUAUUAAAAUGAAAGAAAUUAGUUCUAUCACGUUUGUCAAAUUGUAUUUUUCGGAUGUUUUUGUUUUACUUAUUUGCACUGUUCUGAAUCUGUUAUUGCAGUUUAUAUAUUGAUAUUCCUUUCCUACUGCACAAUUCACAU